AUGGCAAACGUGCAGGCAGUUCUUUCAAAAUCUGAAAGUGGCGAUUCCUCUGUACGAUUCUUCCAAGUCUUUAAAGGUAUAGCUCACACUACUUGUAGAUGGGGUACUAUACCUGUCGUGAAAGUUGCACAGCUGGACAAAAUCAUCAACUUUCCGACAGAACUGGAUCUGCCAUGGGGCUUCAUCCGUCAACGUUAUGGUAUCACCUCUCUAGGAGGAAAUCUUAUCUCUAAUUUUCACUGCAAUAUGGACCAUGCCAGAGGGAAAGUUGCGUAUGCAAUCAACGAGAGCAUGCCAGAGCCGAUCCCUUCAGCUGAGUACUACUUUACUUACGCAUUUACUGAGCCAGAAAGAAAGGCUCUGCCAGUCUAUUAUCAUCUAGUACAAUCUAUCGGAUGCUACGAGAUGGGCCAGAAACAGGCAUGCAUUGAGCAUCUUCAGGGUGUAAGCGUUCACCUCAAAUCUGUCUUUCAGAUAUACUACGAGUACAUUGUCGAAUCAAAAGACCCUCGACAUGUCUUUACAGCCUACAUCCAGGGCUUUCACGGUUGGGCUGCCGGGGAAUUGAUAAAUGACGAGUACGUUGAAUACGAUGGGAGCUCUGGUGCCCAUCUGGUGUUAUUUAACGCCCUUGACUACUUUCUGGGACUGGAACCCUUCUUCCACGAACAAGAUUUCAUAAAAUACUUUUCUUACUCACAAAGGAGAUUUAUGGCUUCUAUCAAAGCGCACGCCUUCCGGCCCGCUGCAGAACAGGCUGACAACACCGGUUUGGUGCAGCAAUUUGAGAAAAUUGCGAAGCAGCUUCGAGUAAGUUUCCAUGAAACUUUCAUCAUUUCAUAG